AUCAGUUUUUACCAAUUUCUACAUUACUCUUCUAUAUAUACUAGUGGUAUUUCAUUACUUUUUCCAGUGUGGGACCUCCAACAUCUUUGGUGCUCUGCAUGGGGUUCUUACAUGCACCAAGGACAUACUCUACUCUUUCUUAAUUAGACACUUUAUAACUCAAUUUACCUCCUCUUCGAAUACUAUUCCAGAGAGAGAGAAGAGAGAGAUUUCUUAGUUACUCUUAAAGGAGCAACACCAUGGCUCUCUCUGCACAUAACUUGACUUUUGCUUUUGGAGUUUUUGGAAACAUCAUCUCGUUCAUCGUCUUUCUUUCUCCAAUACCAACAUUCUAUCAGAUGUACAAGAAGAGAUCAACAGAAGGAUAUCAAUCAAUUCCAUAUGUGGUUGGACUGUUUAGUGCCAUGCUUUGGAUAUACUAUGCAUUUCUCAAAACCCAAAACACCACUCUUCUCAUCACCAUCAACUCCUUUGGUUGUUUCAUUAUGACCAUUUACAUUGCCUUCUUCCUCUUCUAUUCCUCCAAGAAAACCAGGAGGGACACGGCAAAGAUUCUUGUUUUGUUUGUGGGGUGCGGGUCGGGGGCUAUCGUGCUCGUAACUCAAUUCCUGUUCAAAGGCCCGAUCCGCGUCGAAGUCGUUGGAUGGAUUUGCCUCGUUUUUUCCUUGUGCGUCUUCGUCGCUCCACUCUGCAUCGUGAGACAAGUGAUUAAAACCAAGAGUGUGGAAAACAUGCCUUUGCUCCUCUCAGUUUUCCUUACUUUCAGUGCUGUCACUUGGUUCUUCUAUGGCUUCUUCCUAAAAGACAUUAACAUUGCCGUGCCAAAUGUAUUGGGGUUCUUCUUUGCAAUUGUACAAAUUGGGCUAUACAUGAUGUACAAGGAGAAGAAGGGAGAGAGGGGGGUAAAAGAGCAAAGGCUGCCCGAAGUGGCACUGCCCAAGCCAGUUAUAAUCCUCGAAGAUGACACGACGAGCAACAACGACAACAACAACAAGCGAAAGCUGCCCGAGCUGACCGAGGAGCAGAUCAUCGACAUCGUCAAGCUGAUCCAGAAGAGCGGAGGGGCGGGAGACCAUAAUAACGCGGCUGCCCCUGCUGCCCCGUCGCCGUUCGUCGCUGCCCCGAGGCUUCAAGCUGUUGAAGUGUGAGGUCAUGGAAAGAUAUAUAUAUAUAUAUAUAUAUAUAUAUAUAUAUAUAACUAAUCAUUAUUAAGAUGUAGUGUAUGCAUAUGUAUACAUAAUAAUAUAUAAUAAAUAUUUAUACAUAAAUGUGUUUGAGAAUUUUGAUUUGUUUGGAUUUCCAUAUGAUCCUCUCAUCUAGCCUGCUACUACUCUGUAACACCUCUGUCUACCCUUUUACUCCAGCAUUAU